CAUACUCAUUAUAGUGUAAUAAUUAAAGUAAUUUUUGAUUGAAAUAAGUACAUGUAUAGCUAUAUGUUUUUUUGUUUAUGUAAUUAUUGUUACCGGUAUGCUGAUAACUUUUCAGAUUCUAGCGUGGAAUUCAAGAACUUUUCUGUCUGAUUUUGUUGAUAUUCUACCUUCAAUGGUUUCAGCUACAACAGCCAUAGAGGUGUUUCAUACAUUGGUUGAUUUGCCGUGUAUGUCAGCAGCAUUAGAAGUCAUGUGCAAAGCUGAACGAUUUGAAUCUACUGCACCCAGCAGGACUGGAGGUGAUAUCGCGGUUAUACCCGGUAGUUCAUUGGAAGCCUAUCUCACGCCAAGACAUAGGCCCUUAUUUCACUUCCUAACACGAAUGGAAGGUGGUCAUGGUGAUACCAUUGACAGGUUGAGUACAUUGCAUCAAUUGUUAGAUGAUAUGAAACAGCAUCCUAGAGUGACAGUGUGUUCACAAGGUGUGCCAGUCCUACUCAAUUUGUAUUUCCAGACAUUAUUGCAGUAUGCAGACAUUGACUUAGUGUGUAAACUAGUGCCAGUGAUCAUUGAGAGGUCUGGACAGAUAUACGGGUUGCCUUUCUACCAACAGUCUAUCAGAAGAGUGCUGGCUGAUAAUAUAUUGGCGAUGUUUAAACUGUAUCCAAGUCUAAUUAUUCUGUUAAGAUCUGAUAUCAUAGAUUUUAUCUGUGUACUCAGAAACGUUAAUGACAGGGAGGAUUUCUUUAUUCAUCUGGUAUGGUUGAUUGGUGAAUAUUGUUCUAGUGUCUAUGAUGAAAGGUGUACGCCUGAAAUUAUAUCUAAAUACUAUGAGGCAUUAGAAACCUUGAGUUAUGAGAUAUCAGCAGACACCAGUGAUACUGUCCAUUAUACUGUCAGAUUGUUAACUGUACUUAUGUCAGCAAUGGCUAAGCUUGCAUCUCGAUGUCAAGAUCUCAUCAGUAGAGUGUUACUGUGUCUCAGUAAGAUAUCACAACAACAACAAAAGUAUAACAGAUCAGAAGAGAAAGACAAACUAGCUCUGAUUAGCCGAGCUAACGAACUGGUUAAUUUAUUGAAGUUGCCUAACAUUGCCUCGUCUAUUCUCAGUCCUGCAGCAGAUAUUGACAGUGGUAAAUGGCACACCGAUCACAACACUUCAGUUCCAAUGCUACUGCGGACAACUACUAAUAUCAUACAACAAUUUAAUUUAUAAUAGCCAAUCACCAUUUGCUACACUUUCUCGCCCUAAUUUUUGAACUAACAGACCAGAUUUGAGUCAAUAUCUAUUUUUGUCCCAUCUUUCAUAAAGAAAGUGCAGACUAUAAACAGGACUACUGGCAUUUCGUGAGGAAAAAGGGAACUGAAAAGUUAAACCCCCUAAUAGCCAUACUAUUUUGUCAAAAUAUUAGUCUGUUUCUCAUAAAAAUUGUUUCAAACUUUCAUUUAUGGAAACCGUUAUAAUCAGAUUAAUUUUCACGGUGUGAGAUUGAAAGCCGUUUUGUCUCCAAUUUUCACAUGACAUCCUCUGUAAUAAAGAUAUUCUGUAAAUCUUCAG